AUGCACGGCUCGCAGAAGGACACCACGUUCACCAAGAUUUUCGUGGGCGGCCUGCCCUACCAUACUACCGACGCCUCGCUCAGGAAGUACUUCGAGGGCUUCGGGGACAUCGAGGAGGCCGUGGUCAUCACCGACCGCCAGACGGGCAAGUCUCGCGGAUACGGCUUCGUGACCAUGGCCGACCGUGCAGCCGCUGAGAGGGCUUGCAAAGACCCUAACCCCAACAUCGAUGGUCGCAAGGCAAACGUGAACUUGGCCUAUCUGGGUGCCAAGCCGCGCAGCCUCCAGACGGGCUUUGCCAUCGGCGUGCAGCAGGUGCCCCCCACUUUGAUCCAGCGGACUUAUGGGCUGACCCCCCACUACAUCUACCCACAAGCCAUCGUCCAGCCCAGCGUGGUGAUCCCGGCCGCCCCGGUCCCACCGCUGUCCUCGCCUUACAUCGAGUACACGCCGGCCAGCCCGGCCUAUGCCCAGUACCCGCCGGCCGCCUAUGACCAGUACCCAUACGCCGCCUCGCCCGCCACAGCCGCCAGCUUCAUGGGCUACAGCUACCCGGCCGCCGUGCCCCAGGCCCUCUCAGCUGCGGCCCCCGCGGGCACCACCUUCCUGCAGUACCAGCCUCCGCAGCUGCAGCCUGACCGGAUGCAGUGA